UCGCACUGCUGCUACUGCUGCUUUGUGAUUCCACAGUGUUUUUGCGCUGGACCUUUCAGGCUGUGAGGAUUUCACCUCAAGCUGGCGUUCAUGUGAAGGAGGGGUUCUCAUUUUCUCAAAUGAGCGGUGAGGAAAAUAAUUUCUAAGGUUGAAUCACGGAACAUGAUUUCGAGUACCACUGGAGGUCCCAAAAGAGUAGGUAUUGCACCACAUUAUGGAAAAUGCGACUUAAAAAUCAAUUCAAUAAUGAUGGUGCCAAGUAAAAUAAAAGACAAGAUUCAUGCUUGAGUUUCUUGAAAGUAUUAUGCUCCAGGAUCUGAUGAUUUUGUAUUUAACCAUUGUUUAUGUCUCAGUUCCACAUUGCUGAGCUGGCAAGAAGAGAAGCACUUAGGAAGUUUGCAGUACCAUCUCUUCAUGAUGGCUCUUAUGAGAUAGACCCUGGCUUUAACUUCAAAAUAAACGCAAGGUUUACUGCAGUGGGUGGGGUUUUUGUUUGUUUUUAUGUGUGGGUGAUGACUGACAUCUAGUGGCUGAGUUGUUUUAAACCCCACUUACCCUGUCCAUGGUGCUGAACAUCAAAGACUGAUUUUAUCUGAGCUGCACAACAAUGCAACAAUAUGGCAUCUUAACAACUGUGAUCUGUAGAUCUAAAACGCAAUAGGUGCUUAAUUUUAUCACAGUCCUCAGAGUCCAUCUUUUCUGAUUUAAAACAGUUUAACUACGGGGAGUAUCGCUGGAAUUUACCUUUAUGGCGGUACAGUCAUGUUUGGUUCUCAGAAUAUUCCACUACACCAAAAAACUCAGUCGCUGUGAUGGCACAGCUCAAGAAGGAGCCAGUGUGUCCUGCUACAAUUGCAAACACAUACACAGCAAAACUGUGAAAAGAUUACAAUUUCUGGAUAAAAAGUAACCAACAUUUCGUACGUCUGUUUAGGGACAAUAUACUACUAAGAAAUAAAAUGAAAAAAAAAAGAGCAUAAAGAAGUGGUUCUAAUUAUAUUUUCCUCCUGGGGGAAGUUUCAUAUGCCCUCUGACAACUGAGAAUUUAAAGUAAUUUAAACUUCAAUAAUUUAUUCUUCAAUAACAAAUUAACUUCAAUAAUUCAUGUCUGCUUGUAGAAAGUUGCUCAGAGAUGUUUUGGUUUGGUCCAGGGCCAUGAGGCAUUUUUUCAUGCCAGUCAACAAAACAGAGCAACGAAAUGAAAGAAUGUUUGAACUCCUGUCAAUGCUGACCCAGGACAGAGGCUGGACAUGUUCUUCCUGCCACAGGUGGCCCCUCCCCUGUGAAGGCCCCUGAAGGCCUCCUCCAAUCUCCUUUCUGUUUCCACUCUCUAUAUGAAUAUGCAUGAGCUCCUGACAGCCCUGGGACCUUGCAUCGUCUAGCAGGAAAGCUGGAGUGGACUUAGCUGCCUUGUUUUGACGGGGGCUCCCUCUAGCCAACAAAUCCAGAGGAAAGGACUCCAACGUUCACCCUUUCCUGCUCCUGGGAAGAUCAUGGCUGGGUUUGCAGGCAUUAACGGGUCUUUUCUGGUGGUGAUCCUGCAGCUUGUUCUCCUUUGCUUCUCUCAAAGGAAUCAAGGGCCCCCUGGCCCACCUGGACCCCCAGGAGUCCCAGGAGUUGAUGGCAUAGCUGGUGAACGGGGGUUAGAUGGCCAGGACGGUUUUCCUGGCCCUGAUGGGGAUGCAGGUAAACCCGGUUCUUCAGGAUUACCCGGAAUUCCUGGAAAUGUUGGUUUGACCGGCCCUGUUGGAGACCCUGGGCCUGAUGGUCCCCCGGGACAGAAAGGUGAACCUGGAAAGUCCGGACCUCGUGGAGCUGCUGAUGUCGGGCCUGAUGGAUCCCCUGGACCACCUGGGCCUGGAGGACUUCUGGGUGAAUUGGGAAAAGUUGGACCUCCUGGAGCAAUGGGUGUGAGAGGGCCACAAGGACCCCGUGGACCAUCAGGGCCCAGAGGUGCAGCUGGGAUGCUUGGUACUUCCGACCUGUGUCCAAACUCUUGUCCACCUGGUACCCCAGGGCAUCCUGGUCUACCUGGUAUGAAGGGUCACAAAGGUGCAAAAGGUGAAGCAGGAGAACCUGGGAAGCAGGGACACAAGGGUGGGGAAGGAGACCAGGGAGGUCCAGGAGAUGUUGGAUCCCAGGGUCCAACGGGACCACAGGGAAUACGUGGAGCCACGGGAAUGAUGGGCCCCAAGGGAGAGAUAGGAGCUCGAGGUCCUGAUGGAGAUUCAGGUCCACAGGGAGUUGCGGGGGCCACUGGAGACAGGGGUCAAAGAGGAGUAAUGGGAGAACCUGGGAUUAAAGGUGAAAUGGGUGUUUUAGGGCCACAGGGGAUCACAGGGCUUCCAGGUCCAAAAGGAGAAGCUGGAUUACCUGGUGUUGAAGGCCGUGAUGGCAUUCCUGGGUUGCCGGGUGCAAAGGGAAACAUCGGCAAGCCAGGAGUUCCUGGAGAGAUUGGACUUCAGGGGCUUCCUGGUUUGCCUGGAACACCUGGACCAAAAGGCUUGAGUGGCCCAAAGGGAGAUUCUGGGAAGCCUGGGUUUCCUGGGACAUUGGGAUCUGCUGGAAAACAAGGUGAAAGGGGAGAACAGGGAGAAGUGGGACCCAUCGGACCCAUCGGGGAGCCUGGAGAUCCUGGAGAGCAAGGUCCUGUAGGUCCAGCUGGCAAGCCAGGUGCAAGGGGACCAAAAGGUGACCCUGGUCUUCCUGGUCUCCCAGGGCCCCCAGGCCUGCCUGGAGUGAAGGGAGAAAAGGGUGAGCGUGGAGAAGCAGGACCCAAAGGAGAACAAGGGGCUCAAGGUGAUGAGGGAAAUCCUGGAGAGAGAGGGGAACUUGGAGAUGCCGGGGAAUCUGGAUCAAAAGGAGAGGCUGGUAUUUCUGGUGAACCUGGCAAAAGGGGUCCUGAGGGACGCCGAGGCCAGCCUGGCAUCGAGGGCCCUCCUGGCACACCUGGACCACGAGGCAUGCAGGGGAACAGAGGUCCACGUGGGAUCCGGGGGUCUCAGGGGCCUGCGGGCAAGGAGCCAAGCGAUCAGCACAUCAAGCAAGUCUGCAUGCGAGUUAUGCAAGAGCAGCUGGCUCAGUUAGCUGCUAGUCUAAGGAGGCCAGAGUCUGGCAUUGCAGGUUUACCAGGAAAACCUGGCCCUCCUGGGCCUCCAGGACCCUCAGGAGACAACGGUUUUCCAGGGCAAGCUGGAGCAAGGGGCCUUCCAGGACUCAAAGGACCACCAGGGGCAAUGGGAAAUAAAGGUCCCAAAGGUGACAUGGGAGAUAGAGGUUCCAGAGGGCCCACUGUACGAGGACCUAAAGGCCAGUCAGGACCUCCUGGGCUUCCAGGAGAGCCAGGGAAACCUGGGUAUGGUCAAGAUGGUCAGGAUGGGCAGAGGGGACCUCCUGGCGUGCCAGGACAGCCUGGCGUGCCUGGUCCUCCUGGUCCAGCUGGCCUGAACGGCUAUUGUGACCCGUCAGCCUGCAACCUCCAGGCAGGGGCUGUCCAGCAGUCUCUGGAUGUGAAGGGACCUACAGGGAACUAAGAGCCACUCUGGCAGAGACACAAAGACUGCUGGAUAAUCUCCCCGAGCACACAGCAUUUGUCACGCUCUCCUCCCAGGGGCCGUCGUCGCCGUGGUGUCUUUGAUACAUUAACCUCUUUGUGUGAGCAUGUUUCCUGCCAAUAACCAUCUCCAUCAAAAGGAGUCAUCAUCUUUGAUUUGUGAAAAAAAGGGCUUAUUUCAUUGUGCUUUUCUGGAUGAGAGGUGUUUAAAUAAGCCCAGAACUGGGCUCAUAUCUCUAAAUGAAAUGAUCAAAAAAUACAUAUUGUUUAUCCCAUUUUCCUUUUAUCCCAUCCUUUCUUUAUGCGCCUCAUUUUGAAUUUUCUCUUCCACUUUCUCACAGAACAGCUCACAGAAUCCCCCAGUGCCAAUCAGUCUAUUGUGAUUUUGCGUUAUUUUCUCUUAUGAUGUUGUCUUUGUGAAAAGACAAUCAAGAGCAACUCUGUUAAAGUCCAAAAGUCUGAUUUCCUGUCUGACUGCUUUAUGAGCAAAUAAAACAGAGAGGCUGAAAAUUUCAUAAAGUCACACUGACUUUAGUACAUUUUGUAAAUCUGUAAAAAAAAAUUGUGAAAUGUGGUUAAUUAUAUUUCCUAUAAAAAAUUUAAAAAAAAACUCCUGA